AUGGACAAAGCAGAUGGGUAUACGACGCAACGUCCAAAUGUGGCUGAAUCGGGGAAAAACCCAAUUGGUGAAGGUGAAAAAGGAGCUUCUUCCUUCUGUGAGUUACACAUGGAGGGGAUGGUUCCAGAUAGAUUGAACGAACAUGUUACAGGAGUUGCCAAUUUUGCGAAAGAGGAUAAUAUACCCCAAGGUGGAGAAACUCCCACGUUAGUAGUCCACCAAGAUGGUGACACAUUCGAAUUGACCUCACCUGUCCCUCUGCACAAGAGUGACACAGAAUCUUCGGGGGAAAAUGAACGGAAGGAACCCGAGGGAGAGGUAGACAAUGAGGAGUACCUCUACGUAAGCGAACAUCUUAGGAUAAAAAAAGACAAACAGAUCUUUGUGAGCACCGCUCUGAAUGAUUACAUAAACGAACACCUGAAUUUCUUCAGCUCAUGCGAGGAGAAAUUUUUUCGGAACGAAAAUGGAGAGGCAGAGAGGUUUAUGGAGAUUGGAUUAAAUCUCAAGUAUUUGAGGUAUAGGGACCGAAUGAAGAGGAGGAAAAGGCGGCUCGUCAGAAGGGGGGGACGAGAAGCUUCCACUGCUGGCGCUUCCACUGCUGGUACCUACACUGCUGCUAUUUCCACAGUGGAGGCUACUACGGGGGAAAAAUCCCCCCACCGCAACGGCACCUCAUCCGACAGCAGCAGCCUCUUUUCCAAUUCCUCUUCGGAAGAGGACCCCUCCGACAACAGCCCCUGCACGUCGGACGAGGACAUCCUGGAGAAGCUGCAUUUUGAUAAGGAGUCUCUACGUACAAUGAAAAAGUUAGAGCGAUCGAAGAACGCCUAUUUUAAAUACCUCAGCGAUCUGUGUAUAAAGCACGACAUGAUGAGUCGCUUCAAUCUUCCCUACUUGGAGCGAGUGAAACGAGCCAUUAGGAAGUCUCCCUCGGCAUAUAAAGGGAGAAGGGACAGGUCUGAUGCAUCCAUAGAGGCGAUACAGAUCUUUCUAGAGAAUGAAGAAAAUGCCAGGAUGAUCGCACUAAGUCAGAAGAGGCUUCGAUCUGAUGUGGUUAACUCGAUGUUCGGUUUUCACAUCAUCAGUGAUACUCACCCGAUGAAGCUUCCCAUUAAGAGUGUCAAUCGGUUGUGUGCGGGAGAAGCCAGGUCGAGCAUGAUCAAAUCGGGAAUCACCACGUCGGGAAUCAUCACGUCUACCUCCACCCCCUUUGCAUACAAAUCUCUGCAGAGUACAAAACGUGUGGGGCCCGCCAAGCAAAGCGGCAAUGCCUCGCAUGGGGAGGGGGGAACCAAGCGGAGGAGGCGACAAGGUUGGACGAAGGGGUACUCUCAGAGGAAUAGAAGCCCCAUGGGGGGAGGCAACCUUGCGGGGAGGAACCACCUGAAUGAAUACAUAAAGAAGGUGCAGAGCAAUUCCAAACUGCACAAUGAAGUGGGAACUAUCAAAGAAUACAUUUUACUUUCUAACUGGAAUGAGCUGAGAAGACACCAUCACACCGUGAGGGUGGUGUCCGACCAACGAAGGAGCAACGCCCAUAUGCUUGCCAAUGAAUGCUACAAUCAAAUGAAGUUAAUCGAGAAGAAGAGGAAAAUAAUAAUCGAGAGGGAAGAAAAGGAACGUUUGAGAUUGCUCAAGGAAAAUGAUAUGGAUGCUUACAUGAAUCUGCUAAGAAAGACAAAAAACAAACGGCUGCAGGAAAUGCUAGACGUGACGGAAGAGUUCUUAACUAAUAUGUCAUCAUGUGUGCUGUGCCAGAAGAAGGACAAUCCAUUUGAUGUACCAUCUCGGGAUGAACCCUCAUCAAUCGGUUCGAAUGAAAUGGAUUCAACGCAUCAUUCGAACAGUGCGAACAUUGCUAUGAAGUCUAAUUACAAAGAUGCAAGGGAGAAGUACCUUCUUGUGUCCCACUCGGUUAGAGAGAAAGUGGUACAGCCGUCGAUCUUGAUCGGAGGAACCUUAAUGAAGUACCAACUGGAGGGGUUAGAAUGGCUCAUCUCCCUGUACAAUAACAAUUUACAUGGCAUUCUGGCAGACGAGAUGGGUCUGGGGAAAACAAUCCAAACGAUUAGUCUGUUUGCUUACCUGAAGGAGUUUAAAUGGGGAGGAAUAUCCUCUGGGAAUGAGGCACCUCCUGGUGUGGGGGGACACAAACAACCGAAGAAUCUGAUCAUAGUUCCUUUGUCGACAUUGCCAAAUUGGACGAGCGAAUUCGAAGCGUGGUGUCCCGCCCUCAAGGUCAUCACUUACAAAGGAACGAAAUGUGAAAGGAAGGGACUAGCAAAACAGCUGCUCGAAUCAGAAUAUGAUAUCUGCCUGACCACCUUCGAUUUUGCUAUCAAGGAAAAGGCACUUCUCCUAAAAAUAUUCUGGACCUACAUAGUAGUGGAUGAAGGACACAGAAUGAAGAACUGCAAAUCGAGAUUCCAUCUCAUUUUAAAAGAUUUUAAAAGCAAGCAGAGGGUAUUGCUGACCGGAACCCCUCUACAGAACAAUCUGUCUGAGUUAUGGUCCCUCCUGAACUUCCUCUUGCCAAAGAUCUUCUCCUCCUGUGAGGAUUUCGAGCGAUGGUUUAUCCGACCAUUACAUAAUGAUAAGGAGUUACAAGACGUGGUCAUCACAGAGGAGGAACAGCUUCUAAUUAUAAAUAGACUACACAGCGUCCUUCUCCCCUUCAUGCUGAGGAGAGUGAAGAAAGACGUGUUGAAGUCACUACCGAAGAAGUACGAGUACAAUGUACACAUAGAUCUGUCUCUGUACCAGAAAAUGCUUUACCGGCAGAUGGAGAUGAAGGGGUUCACUCAAAUUAAUAAGAAUGGCUCCAUUAGCAACAAGUCUUGUCAGAACAUGGUGAUGCAACUGAGGAAGGUCGUGAAUCAUCCGUAUCUCUUCCUCGAAGAAUAUAACAUCGAUGAGUACCUAAUCAAGUGCAGUGGCAAAUUUGAGGUUCUCGACAGGAUGCUGCCAAAGUUGCUCAAAUUUCGUCACAAGACAUUGAUUUUCUCCCAAAUGACGAAGCUGAUGGAUAUUCUAUGCGAUUAUUUGGACUACCGGGGACACCGCUUCCAUCGCCUCGAUGGGAACAUCGGUCUUCAGGAGAGGAGGAAGAUGAUCGAGACGUUCAACCGGGUUGGCACAGAUGGAACGGAUGUCGCGGAUGAGCCGGAUGGUGUAAAUGGAGAGGUGACUUGCGCCCCAGUUAGCGAAGCGGGUGUAGACCAGACCGGGGAAGCCACAGAAACUAGCUACUCCGGGGGAGACCCGGCCCAUUCGGCUGAGGGUGACCCCCUGGACGAGCCAAACGGGGGCCACGACGAAACCAUGAUUUUCAUGCUGUCUACCCGUUCUGGGAGUCUGGGCCUGAAUCUCCAGACAGCGGACACAGUGAUCAUCUUCGACAGCGACUUUAAUCCGCACCAAGACAUACAAGCCAUGUGUAGGUGUCAUCGAAUUGGACAAAAGAACGUCGUCAAGGUCUUCCGAUUCAUCACUCUCUCAGGAGUGGAAGAGCUCAUUUUCCAGAAGGCGCAGGAUAAAUUAACCAUCAACGACAAGGUCAUACAGGCAGGUCUAUUUAACAGAAUAUACAGUGAUGAGGACAGGAAGGAGAAGCUGAAGAAUAUCUUCCAGAGGAGCCAGAAGGGACAAGUGACGCUCCAGUCAACCAACCCACUGUUACUCAACUACUACAUGGAGAGGUCAGAUGUGGAGUUAAAGUAUUUUCUCAAAUUCGAUGAGAGGUACUUCGGCUCGGAGUUCUACACCCAUCUGGAAAGCCUCAAUCGGGAGAAGCCCGACGUGGCGCAGUUCACGUAUAUGAGUGAGGACGAGGGGGAGGAAAGCGGCAGACAGGGAAGCGGAGAAGUGGGGAGCGGCGAAGUGGGGAUCGGCAAAAUGGGAAUCGGCGACGUGGGACGCGGCAAAGUGGAAAGCGGAAAAGUGGAAAGCGGAAAAGUGCCUCCCGAUGAACCGCGGAUAGGAGAAGCACCGUCCUGGGCGGAAGAACGCAGCGCCAUUUUGAAGGAGGAAAACCAAAGCGAAAUCGAGAAGGUUUUAAUAAAAAGUAAGAAGCUUGUAAACGGGGACGAACUUCCGUCGUAUCUCUUUUACGAUGACACAGACGACGGGAUCGAGGUGGAGUUCAAGAGGACGCGCAGGCAAAUUAACGUGCACCUCAUGGACGAGGAGAAUCUGUCCAACGUGGAGUUUCUGCAGCUAAUCGGUUCAGGGGUGGACGCGGAAGAGGGAGCGAAAGAGGGAGCGAAAGAUGAAGCGAGAGGGGAAGCCCUACACAGCGACGGGGUGAAAGAGCGGGAGAUAAUUGAAAAGGCGAAGGGUGAAGGCGCAGGGAAUGACCCGACGAACGGCGACUCGAUAAAUGGGGACCCCGCAAAUGGCGAUCCGCUAAAUGACGACCCCGCGAAUGGCGACCCAACGAACGGUGACCCAACGGACGGUGACCCAAAGAACGGCGACCCGCCAAAUGACAACCCGGCCAAUGAGAGACAGCUAAAUGACGACCCGCUAGAUGACGACUCCCCAGGCGCACGAACCCCCCUGGGUGCGCACACCACCGAGCGACCGCACAGGAGAAGCAGCCGCUACAACUUUAGACGCUCGGGGACCACGGAGCAGACGCACAGCACCAGAAAUGGGCGGACUAGCGAGGGAAGGAGCCCCUCUCCACAGAGAGGCAAAAGGAAAUCCAGCAGCCCUGGUGAGGUACGUCUAAAUCAGGACAAGAAGAGAAGGAAAAGUAGGGGGUAG